AUGCCAGAAGCGGUGUUCGGCAAUACUCCAUUGGCGGACUAUCUAUCUGACGCUGGCAUGGAAGAUUGGGGUAUAGAGGAAGACGUCGAAGCGCCCUCCACGUCCGUGAGGCCAGAAAAGGACAAGAACGGGCUGUACCCGCUAGUGCUCACAGAGGGACGAGAGCUUUUACGCCAGCAUAGGUUCCGCGGUCUGAUCCGCCAGGCCGUAACAUCUCAUAUUGGACACCAUGAAGUGAAGAGGUUUCUUGAGCAGUUCAGGUACUGCUUUGUAUCGUCCCAGCUAUUGGAGUCCAGACCUCUCUACGCUACAUGGUCGGUAUCCAGCGGUGAGAGACGCACAGACAUUUUAUUUUCAUCCGAUGGUCCCUGGAACUCCAUCAAACUUCAAAAAAAGUUUUUUGUUGGCGGAGGUGGCUGCAUUGUGGUCGUGGCUGUCCUUGUAUAUUGGCGGUCUCGCAAAGAAAUGCCCAACUCUCCAGUCUAUACCAACUGUGCCCUGAUAGCCACUUUGCUGGUCGGGCUAUAUCUGUAUGCUCAUUCGCGGCGGCGAAUUUUGCGACGGCUCUAUGCCAAAGCACUAGCUCACGAAACUCAUUUCGUUAAUGCCAGUAAAGUUUUUGACGGCGAUGUGGUGCGGGCACUGCGGCAAAUCCAGGAAGUCGACAUCGUAAGUCGAUCAAUGUAUGUUGAGGAUACCAAUACUGGGAGGGAGUACCCAAACUACCGGCGAAAUGUUGCUGCUAAAAAACUGCGGGCGGUUUUGGCAUCGGCUUUGUACCUUUCCGAAGAAGGCUUUUUGGAUGCCAUCAAAGACUGCUUGUGCAUGAGUUCAGAGCUCGAUAUACAACAGUACUUUGAAGUGUAUGAUCUCGCGGCUACUCAGCAGGAGCUUGGGUUCGUGAUGAAUGACGAUUACAUUGGAUUUGACACCAUUUCUUCGCUGCAGGAUUUCCAUGGGGCCACUGCUUGUUCCGUGCCUUUGACCGUGUUGAAGCACCAGUUUAGGAGGGUUCAUUUUUUACGGCGUGCAUUCAUCUGCUGUUUGCUCUGCGCAUCGUCUACAGGUGAGUGCACAACCAAAGAGCUCGAACAAUGGACAGUUAUCACCGACCACCUUGCUUCUCUAGCCGACCUCACCGAACAGCUGAGCCGAAUGAUCUGCAAGGAACGGCUCGAGCCUCAGUUUGAGGCUGCAGAGAACAGCCCUUUUGUUGAAAAGACACUUUCACGAAACAUGUUUGAUUUUAGCGUGGUUGCCCAAACGCUUGCAGCCCGCAUGGAAGUCGUUCAGCAGACUCCAGCCGACUCGCAAGAGAGUUUGAACCAACUUAACUUAGUACGAGACGAGCUCAGCCGUCUCAAUGACCUCUGGAGGGCCGUCCAGCCCGACGCUUCGUCGACUGAAACGACGCCUAUACCGAAACCAGACCUUAUUGGGCUUGGUCUUCGCCAGGUACGCGAAUUCGAUGAUUCUGCUGAUUUAGAGUACAGCUAUUCAAGCAUGAGCACAAUUUCGGCGGCAACCACCCUCCAGGAAGAAGACAAUCGCAAGCUCCAGGUUCUCGAGGCGGUCGUUGAAGGGAAACAACCAUCUAUGCUAUCUCGAGAUGAAAGAAUCAGACUUGCUCGGCAAAGACGUCAAGAGGGAAGCAAGAAAAGCUUUGGGGGGUCUCAGCAGGACGCUUUCAUGGUUGAACUAGAGAGUGUCUUGGCCCGCCGGGUUUGA